AUGAAAGCCCUCACCAUUUCUUGUUCUAAGGCCAUCGUUGACACUAUAGGAUCUUUGUCUCCCAGAGUUGCCAUCCGUGUUGCUGAUAGAGCCGAAUUCUUCUUCACUCCGCGUUCAAGGAACGGCAGAAAGGGUUGCAACUUAUGGGUCCUCAAACUUGUUCCAAACAAGGGAAUUUUCCCAGUUCAUGCAGUGCCAUCAAAAGACCAGGUGGACUCCGAAACUAUAGAAGCUGAAGCUCAAAAAGUUGAACAAACAAAUGAAUCGAAGUUUGUUCGUGUAGCAUUUGAGUUGCAAAAGGAUUGUGACUUCGGAGAACAGUUUCUUAUAGUUGGAGAUGAUCCUAUGCUUGGUUCAUGGGAUCCGAUGGAAGCAUUACCGAUGACAUGGUCUGAAGGACAUGUGUGGACUGCUGAGCAGGAUAUACCUGCUGGAAAGUCAAUCCAGUUCAAGUUCAUAUUGAAAGGCAAAGAAGGUGAUAUUAUGUGGCAGCCAGGGUCAGAUAGAAUGAUCCACACUUCGGAAACUAUGAAUAGAAUAACUGUUUGUGAAGAUUGGGAGAAUGCAGAACUUCAGAAAAUAAUGGAUGAAGAUCAACUUGCUGAACCAGAAAAGGAAUCCCAGAUUGAAUCAGAACUGUCUACUUUUGCUGAAAUAUUGGAUAAUCCUCAAGAAGAACUGGAUUCCUAUGCUUCUGAAAUAUCGGCUGUUGAAGAUACCCAAAUUCAUGAAGAGGAGAUACCACUUGCUGAACCAGUCAUGCAACAAGCCACUGAUAAUAGUAGUUCUUCCUCGAUGGAAAUUCCUUUGACUAUUAUUGCAGAAAGUACGACUUCCCCUGAGGAUCUUAUCAAGAGUACAAGCAGUAAAUGGAAUGAAAAGAAUAUACUUCAAAAGAGUGAAGAAUCUGCUGAUAGUACAGGAAAUGAUGAUAUAAUACAUGAUCUUGGACACAAUGGAAGUCCUGCAUCACUGGAGAAUCAGGAAGGGAUAAUUGUGGAUAGCAGCUUAUUUGAUUUUGAAGGCGGUCCUGUUCUUGUACCUGGCUUAAUGGUACCACCAACUGAACCAACUAAUGAAGCAGGACAAGGUGAAGUUCAAGAAAAGACUACCAUGGACACUUCAGUUGAAGCUUCUGAAAUCGAUCCAGAUCAGAAUCCACCCAAGUUCAAUAAGGAGCAAGAAACUGAUGAUGCCACACCCCAAGAGAUAAAUGCACCAAUCAAUAAUGAGCCAGAGCUGUUUUACAAUGGACAUGAACAAUCAUCUCAUUUGUUCCCAGAAACAGAGAGCAGCCCAAACUAUGAACCAGAAGAUGGCACUCCCAUGCAAAAUUACAUCAAAUGGAGCCAAGAAACGGUAAAGGAGUUUCUAUCAAAACUAGGAUUCCUUUGA